GAGAUGAUUCCCUCGAAAAUCUUCGACGGAGUCCAUUUUGUUCUCGUAGGAUUCGAUUCCAUUUCACACCAACAGGUUCGGUCCAGGAUGGUAGAAGCCGGUGGUGUUGAUGUUGGUCGUUACGGUCCUGAUUGCACUCACGUGAUUGUCGAUAAAGCUGUUUACGAUGAUCCUAUCUGUGUGGCUGCUCGAAGCGAUGGCAAGACAUUGGUCACUGCCUUGUGGGUUUACCACAGUUUUGACGUGGGAAUGCCUGUUGACCCUGCCUUGAUAAUGUACAGACCUUUAAGAGAUCUAACUGGAAUUCCAGGUGCCAAAUCCUUGGUUGUUUGCUUGACUGGUUACCAGGGUCAUGAAAGAGAUGAUAUUAUGGUUAUGGUUGAUUUGAUGGGUGCAAAUUUUUCAAAACCUUUGGUAGCAAACAAGGUUACACAUCUUAUAUGCUACAAAUUUGAAGGUAUGAAGUAUGACCUUGCAAGGCAAAUGAAGAGGAUAAAACUUGUUAACCAUCGGUGGUUGGAAGACUGUUUAAGGACAUGGCAAAUUCUGCCGGAAGAUGACUAUGACAAGAGUGGAUAUGAGCUGGACAUGAUGGAAGCUCAAGCAAAGGAUUCUGAGGAUGAAGCUCAAGACAUGGACACAGAGCAAACGAGAGGGAAGGGUAUGGUUUCAACUUCUGGAUUACUGUCAGUUAGCAAAAUGGAGGCAAAACCUGAUCAAGUUUCUCGGGAAGGAACUCCUGUCAGGCUUCUUGAGGUGCCUGGUUCCUUUGUCCCUGGUACAGCAGGGAAAAUUUGCACUGAGUUAAAUUCAAUGGGUAGAACACCACUUCCAGAAAAUGUUAUAAGUGACUUCACUUCUGCUUCUAAAGUUGAUGAGAAAUCACCUAGUCCCAAUGCACCCAAGUUCACCGCUCUAAGUUAUUCCAGAAAAACACCAAGGAAAGCUAUUCUUCCUGUAGAAUCAGUGCAAACUGAAAGUAAAGCUCAAAUUUCUGUUAUUCGGGAUUUUGAUAAUAAAGUUCAUGUUAGUGACAGCUUUAACAUGUCUUCUUGCAAUAUGGAUGUGGAUGGAACUACUUCAAAUGAUAAAAGAAGUCCUCUGAAGGAAAUUUUAUCAUGUCCAGAUGAUGGGAGGAGUGAUAGUUUGUCUGAGAAGAGAAAGGUGGCCAUUUUUGUGGGCAGCUCCAAAUUACAAAGGACCGACAAUAAUUUGGAUGUCAGCUCAGAUGGUGUAGUUGUCAAUAGAACUGAAGAACGUCCACCCGAACCUUCAAUGAACGAACUGCUGAAGGUUUCUGGUCAUUCUCCAGGGAAAAAAUUCGGUUAUGCAGACACUACAACUGAUUUAAAUCCUUUGAAAAGUUCUCCAGCUAAGGUUUGUAGUCCUAUCACAUCUGAGAUAGAGCAAGUAUGCAGCAAGAUAGCACCUCAAAUUUCUUCUGAAAAGAGAAAUAUCACUUGCACGGAUAGCGAUCCAGAAGUUAAAGAUCUUCAUUCUAAUAGGCCUGAAAAUGCAGUUAAUGAUUCUACAAUGGUACAGAAUGGGUUGCAAGAUGAAGCCCCACCUCCUGAAACCAAAGUACAUGAAGUUGAAAGAUGCAAUCCUAUGGUUGGGUUGGACGUUCCUGGAGGAGAGGCCAGCACUCGGUCAAAACCACUCAAAAGAAAGCUGUUGGCUAAAAAAACUCUGGGCUCUAGACCAAGUUUUGGUAGAGGGAAGGCUCUCAAUCAAAAAGGUUCCAUACAUAUUAAAGAAAAGGGCUCAGCAAAAAAUCAUUCGAUGAGCCCUUUAGGGCAGAAUGAAACUGAGGAACCUGGGAGGUUUAUUAGUACUGAAAGAGUUAAAGUGGUCCAUCCAACUUUUGAUGCAGAGAUGGACGAAGAUGCCAAAAUGGCAAAUGUUUUAGAAUCCAGAAAUGAAAAGGCAUAUAAAACUAGAUUUGUAGAUGAUGAAACUGAAGCUACAGAGAAUGUGGAGGACAAGGAAUUAGAUGCCAUUAUAGAUAACGACAAGCCUGGUGACAUUGAUGUACCAAAUUCAGUCCCUACGAGGACGGGAGAAAAAGUAGGUGUCCAAAACAAACAAACUGCUGAUGACAUUCCAGGUGUUGAGGAACAGGUGGUGGAUUCUGGUGAUGACAAGUUAAUGAGCGAAGCUGAAAAUGCUCCUGGCAAGAAAAAUGAACAGAGUGAAUCAUUACUCAGGGAUAAUUCUAAAGGGGAGCGCAUAACUAGUGGCAAUAAGUUUCCUUCAACCAAAACUAGGAAAAAGAACAUUCCUGUAGAAAAUUCUGGGAAAGGUGACCAGAGGAAGGAGGCCAAAGAUGAAUUGAGUGGUAAAAAGGCUAAAAGAAGGAAUGAAAAGAGCUUUGAAGUUAAAGUAGAUAAGGACAUUAUACCAGCACAAGUGGACAUGGCAGAUAACUCCAUGGAAAUGGAAAAGGAGAAUACACCUCUUGAGAUAGGAAGCAUAAAUGUGAAUAAUACUAGUAAAAAGAUGGUUGGAAUGUUGACCCGAAAAUCCAAUAUUAAGCCCCAGAAGAAUGAUGGUGAAGAUUCUGGUUCAAAGUCAGUGGCACAGAUUAUAGUGAAAACAGAACCGAUUUGGUUUAUAUUAAGUGGGCAUAAGCUACAAAGAAAGGAUUUCCGACAGGUGAUUCGGCAUUUGAAAGGAAGAGUUUGCAGAGAUUCUCACCAGUGGUCAUAUCAGGCAACGCACUUUAUUGCUCCAGAUCCACUACGCAGAACUGAAAAGUUUUUUGCUGCUGCAGCAUCUGGAAGGUGGAUUCUGAAGACUGAUUAUUUGAGUGCUAGUAAUGAGGCUGGAAAGUUUUUGGCUGAGGAGCUGUAUGAAUGGCAUAAGAAGGGGCUGAGUGAAGAUGGUGCAAUCAACUUGGAAGCUCCAAGGAAGUGGCGCCUCUUGAGGGAGAGAACUGGGCAUGGAGCAUUUUAUGGAAUGCGCAUAAUUAUUUACGGGGAAUGCAUUGCACCUCCUCUGGAUACAUUGAAGCGUGUUGUGAAGGCUGGAGAUGGGACAAUUUUGGCAACUUCACCUCCUUAUACUCGUUUUCUUCAAUCAGGAGUCGACUUUGCUAUUGUCAGUUCUGGGAUGCCACGGGUUGACAUUUGGGUUCAGGAGUUCUUAAGAAACGAGAUACCCUGUGUUUUAGCUGAUUACUUGGUAGACUAUGUAUGCAAGCCUGGGUACUCACUUGAUAGACAUGUACAAUACAACACGCUUGCUUGGGCAGAGAAGUCAUUAAAGAACCUUGUAACUCGCAUGGAAGAAGUCGUUGAGAAUCCUACUUCAGAGGAAAACGAUGAUGACAUAACCUGUCAAGUCUGUGGUUCUCGUGACAGGGGAGAGGUCAUGCUCAUUUGUGGUGAUGAAAAUGGUUCCUCUGGUUGUGGUAUUGGUACCCACAUUGACUGCUGUGAUCCUCCGCUAGAAGAGAUUCCGCAAGAAGAUUGGUUUUGUCCGAACUGUAGGAACAGAAACAGGCAAAAUGCUCAAAAGAAUUCUAGGAAACCCAUCUCUAGGUUAAAGCGAAAGUGACUGCUUUAAUUUGCUCCUUGUUUAAUAAUAUUAUGUUCCAUAAAUCAAUUUUGUAGAUUCUUGUCGAGUGUGUCAACUUAGUUUCCAAAGCAGCUGCUGGACCUGGUACUAACCAUUUAAUUUCUUUUAGCCGUUUCUAAAUGUAAUUGGAAAGUGUAGGUCUCGCACUCAAAAAACUAUUUGAGAUAUUUUAGUUGUAUCAGGCGGCCUUGGCAACGGGAUUGCAUAAUUUCCAC